GGCCCCGGCCCUCGCUUCACCCCGACGCCCCGGCGUGCGCGUCCUCCCGCCGGCCUGCAGGCCCGGGGCCUCCGCCUGCCAGCCCGCCGCUGCUCUUCGCGGCCCCGGCUCGCGUUCACGCUGUCGCCCGGGCCGGCGCGGCCGCGGGCAACCGCUCCCCCUCCCACACCUACCCCGUCCCCUCCCCGCCUUUUCCGCCCUCGCGUCCCCCUCCCUCGGCCAGCCGCCGCUGCUCCAGAUGAGGUGAUGGCAACGGCCAACUUCGGCAAGAUCCAGAUCGGGAUUUACGUGGAGAUCAAGCGGAGCGAUGGCCGAAUACAUCAAGCAAUGGUAACAUCUUUAAAUGAAGAUAAUGAAAGUGUAACUGUUGAAUGGAUAGAAAAUGGAGAUACAAAAGGCAAAGAGAUUGACCUGGAGAGCAUCUUUUCACUUAACCCUGACCUUGUACCAGAUGAAGAAAUUGAGCCCAGUCCAGAGACACCCCCACCUCCAGCAUCCUCAGCCAAAGUAAACAAAAUUGUAAAGAAUCGACGGACUGUGGCUUCUAUUAAGAAUGAUCCUCCUCCAAGAGAUAAUAGAGUGGUUGGUUCUGCACGUGCGCGGCCUAGUCAACUUCCUGAACAGUCUUCCUCUGCACAACAGAAUGGUAGUGUUUCAGAUAUAUCUCCAGUUCAAGCUGCAAAAAAGGAAUUUGGACCCCCUUCACGUAGAAAAUCUAAUUGUGUGAAAGAAGUAGAGAAAUUGCAAGAAAAACGGGAAAAAAGGAGACUACAACAGCAAGAACUUAGAGAAAAAAGAGCCCAGGAUGUUGAUGCUACAAACCCAAAUUAUGAAAUUAUGUGUAUGAUCAGAGACUUUAGAGGAAGUUUGGAUUAUAGACCAUUAACAACAGCAGAUCCUAUUGAUGAACAUAGGAUAUGUGUUUGUGUAAGAAAACGACCACUCAAUAAAAAAGAAACUCAAAUGAAAGAUCUUGAUGUAAUCACAAUCCCUAGUAAAGAUGUUGUGAUGGUACAUGAACCAAAACAAAAAGUAGAUUUAACAAGGUACCUAGAAAACCAAACAUUUCGUUUUGAUUAUGCCUUUGAUGACUCUGCUCCUAAUGAAAUGGUUUACAGGUUUACAGCUAGACCACUAGUGGAAACUAUAUUUGAAAGGGGAAUGGCUACAUGCUUUGCUUAUGGGCAGACUGGAAGUGGAAAGACUCAUACAAUGGGAGGUGACUUUUCAGGAAAGAACCAAGACUGUUCUAAAGGAAUUUAUGCAUUAGCAGCUCGAGAUGUUUUUUUAAUGCUAAAGAAGCCAAACUAUAAGAAGUUAGAACUUCAAGUGUAUGCAACCUUUUUUGAAAUUUAUAGUGGUAAGGUUUUUGACUUGCUAAACAGGAAAACAAAAUUAAGAGUGCUCGAAGAUGGAAAACAGCAGGUUCAAGUGGUGGGAUUACAGGAACGGGAGGUCAAAUGUGUUGAAGAUGUACUGAAACUCAUUGACAUAGGCAACAGUUGCAGAACAUCCGGUCAAACAUCUGCAAAUGCACAUUCAUCUCGGAGCCAUGCAGUGUUUCAGAUUAUUCUUAGAAGGAAAGGAAAACUACAUGGCAAAUUUUCUCUCAUUGAUUUGGCUGGAAAUGAAAGAGGAGCUGAUACUUCCAGUGCAGACAGGCAAACUAGGCUUGAAGGUGCUGAAAUUAAUAAAAGCCUUUUAGCACUCAAGGAGUGCAUCAGAGCCUUAGGUAGAAAUAAACCUCAUACUCCUUUCCGAGCAAGUAAACUCACUCAGGUGUUGAGAGAUUCAUUCAUAGGUGAAAACUCUCGUACCUGCAUGAUUGCCACAAUCUCUCCAGGCAUGGCAUCCUGUGAAAAUACUCUCAAUACAUUAAGAUAUGCAAAUAGGGUGAAAGAAUUGACUGUGGAUCCAACUGCCGCUGGUGAUGUCCGUCCAAUAAUGCACCAUCCACCAAAUCAGAUUGAUGAUUUAGAGGCACAGUGGGGUGUGGGGAGUUCCCCUCAGAGGGAUGAUCUAAAACUUCUUUGUGAACAAAAUGAAGAAGAGGUUUCUCCACAGUUGUUUACUUUCCACGAAGCUGUCUCGCAAAUGGUAGAAAUGGAAGAACAAGUUGUAGAAGAUCACAGGGCAGUCUUCCAGGAAUCUAUUCGAUGGUUAGAAGAUGAAAAGGCUCUCCUAGAGAUGACUGAAGAAGUAGACUAUGAUGUAGAUUCAUAUGCUACGCAACUUGAAGCUAUUCUUGAGCAAAAAAUAGACAUUUUAACUGAGCUGCGGGAUAAAGUGAAAUCUUUUCGUGCAGCUCUACAAGAGGAAGAACAGGCCAGCAAGCAAAUCAACCCGAAGAGACCCCGUGCCCUUUAAAUCAGCAUUUGCUGCUAAAGGAUUCCCACCCUCGCUACUGUAACAUACAAUGGUUCAGCUGUAAGGGCCAUUCGAAAGUUUGAAAUUUUAAGUGUCUGUGGGAAAUGUCUUGUCCCUUCAAGCUGAAUGACAUUUCAGUUUUGUGAAACACUUUGUCUACAGGAUGCUUCUAGUCCAGGAGGCACAGCCGAGGCUUGGGAAUAGUGAAGCAUUUUGUUUCAUUUACCCACAUAGUGAUUUACUUUUGAAGAUCCUUGCCAAUUUCAUUUUCUGUAUGAUGAAGUAAGAUUGUGGACUUGAUCCAGAGGUGAAUAGUAGGGGGAAGCCACAGCAUUUCCUUUUAACUCAGUUCAAUUUUCAUAGCAAGACUGAGCAGUUUUAAAUCCUUUGCGUGCAUGCAUACCUCAUCAGUGAUUGUACAUACCUUGCCCACUUCUAGAAACAGCUGUGCUCACCUCUUCCUGCUUUGUGCCUUGACUAAGGCUACUGACCCUAAAUUUCUGAAGCACAGCCAAGAUAAAUUACAUUCCUUAUUUGUCAUUGUAAAUUACCUUUAUUGUGUGUACAUUUUUACUGUAAUUGAGACAUUUUGUGUGUGUGACUAGAUUUGCAGGAUGUGCCAUAUCAUUGAAUGGAACUAAAGUCUGUGACAGUGGACAUAGCUGCUGGACCAUUCCAUCUUAUAUGUAAAAAAAUCUGGAAUUAUGAAUUUAAAACCAUAUAACAUGUGGUUAUAAUUUUCUUAGCAUUUUCUUUGUAAAGAACUAAAAUAUAAACUAGU